CCUAAAAUUGGUUUUUGGGGUUGGGAACGGCUCGCAGCAGCUGAGGUUUAAUGACUAAUUAGUUGACGGCUGUCCUGCUUGUUUCUGCACCUGCUGAAUGAAGAUUCACGUGACCAAAGUGUUUUUAUGUAAUCCACAUCCUCUCCCUGCCGUUGCCUCACCCCCUCGCUAAAUUUGGAGCCGCGGCUCUGGAUGUGUUAUGAUGUAAAAAUAGCGGAGGAGGGAAGCCGGCUGAGUGAGGGCAGUUAAUCAGAACAGCCGGAGAGGAACCGGGUCAAACCGAAAACAGCAGAAUAAGAGCUGAAGCACAGACGUCCACGAGCCGCUUCAGACACACGAUUCAAAAAGAGACUAAAGCCCGCAGGAAACUCCAUGUUGUCCAAAAAGGAAGAGAAGCGAUCGUUUGGUAAUGGAGCUCUGAGAGACCAGUGGGAGAAACGAGCCCAGAACCAGGCAGACCAGUACAAACAGGAAGUCCAGUGGAAGGAGAAGAGCUCCCUGAAAGUACUUUUCUCCAAGUGGAACUACCACUGGUCGCUGGUCAACGGAGACCAGAAUAAAAAUGAAGUCUCCGAAUUCUCAAGAGUCACAAGCAGAACAGACCAAGAAGACCAAAAGCCUAAAAUCCGAUUUAAAAUCGUUCCUCCACCUCCUCAAACUAAACCCGAGCCUCCUCCUCCAGCCCCUACUCCUCCCAGGAGGUCGGCUGCUCCCAAAACCCACAGACCCAAGCGUAAGGUGGAGGUGGAUGUGUUUGGGUUGUGCUGGAGGGAGUCCUGGAUGAGCCUGAAACCUCCAAAGUACCUUUACCUAAAGGCCAAAGAGUCUGAAACCAGAAGCCAGUGGCUGACCGGCAUCCAGCUGACCAACAGCAGGAAGUACAAAACUCCUCCGAGAGGAUCCGACGCCGAAUCCGUCAGUCCCUGUUGUAAAUGGAGUCAGUCCUGGACACAGGUGAAAAUUCCGGCUCAGCUGAUCUCUUCCGAGGAAAAUCUGUUUGAGUGGGAGAUCCUGUUUGAUAGGAACUUGGUCAGUAAAGUGGAAAUCGGAAAGUAUUCUCUUCCUGCUUGGGCUGGAACUUGGAAGAUCAUGAACUUUCCCUUCAGACAGCAGAAGAAGAGCUGGGACUGUGGUUGGUGGAACUACCAAGAUAAUCCCAGAGACAAGCUGGAAAAAUUCUGCCAGAUCCAACAACAAGCGGAGCAGGAGGAACCUUCAGGCUGGGAGGAGUCAUGGAAGCUUGCUGAAAACGACUCAGACGGCAACGACUCAUCCUGCAUCUAUGUGAAAUUCCCGAUGAGGAUAAAUGACGUGUUUGUUCCUGGAUGGAGUCAAUCCUGCCUAAUCUCUGCCGCUCCUCCUGAGGAGAACGAGGACCGCCGGAGGAGUUGGAGCUCCUGCUGGGGAUACAGGCAGCAGAUCAGGUGGCGUCAAGCAUCCAUCGUGUCUCGUCAUCAGCACAGCGCCGCGCUGAGCUGGAAACGGAAAACCAUGAACCUCCUCCUCAUGUCAGAGCUGGAGAAGGAAAUAAAGGAUGAGUGGACGGAGGCUUGGAAAUCUCCCAAAGGAUGGGCUAGACCAGAGGAGGAGGAGCAGGAAGAGGAGGAGGAAGAGGAGGAGGAGGAGACGACAAUGGAUGAAACUGAGAAAGAGAGAGGUGAAGUGGACAAUAAAGGCAUAGACAUUGAGAAGGGUAAAGUGGUGGAGGAGGAGGAGGAGGAGAAAGAUGAAGAAGUGGAGGAGGAAGAGGAAGAAGAGAAAGAUGAAGAAGUGGAGGAGGAAGAGGAAGAAGAGAAAGAUGAAGAUGUGGAGGAGGAAGGGGAAGAAGAGAAAGAUGUAGAAGUGGAGGAGGAGGAGGAGAAAGAUGAAGAAGUGGAGGAGGAAGAGGAAGAAGAGAAAGAUGAAGAAGUGGAGGAGGAAGGGGAAGAAGAGAAAGAUGUAGAAGUGGAGGAGGAGGAGGAGGAGAAAGAUGAAGUGGAGGAGGAAGAGGAAGAAGAGAAAGAUGUAGAAGUGGAGGAGGAGGAGGAGGAGAAAGAUGAAGUGGAGGAGGAAGAGGAAGAAGAGAAAGAUGAAUAUGUGGAAGAGGAGGAAGAGAAGAGAGAUGAAGUGGAGGAAGAGGAGGGGGAAGAGAAGGAGGAAGAAGUGAAUGAGAAAAAGGAGGGAAAAGCUGUAAAUCGACAUGAAGAAGAAAAGGGGGAGAAAGGCGAUGAAAUAUCCAAACACUUCCAAAAGAAGGCUGAGGAAGAUGAGGAAGAAUAUGAUGAUGAGGAGGAGGAGGAUGAAAGAGCUGAGAAGGAGGAAAAUGAUGAAGACAUAAACAAGACAGGUGAGAAACUAAACAAUGAAAAAGUUGUGAAUAAGAAAGAGGAGGAGGAGAAAUGCAGGGAGGAAGAGGAGGAUGAGGAGAAGGAUGAUGCACAAGUGAAGAGGAACAACAGUGUGGGUCAGGAGGAGGAAGAUGCUUUGGAAGAGCCGGACAGAAACAGAGGAGAUGAAUAUGAGGAAAACAAAUCCGACAACAGAAAGAGAGAAGAAGAAAAUGAGGAGGAAGAAGAGGAGAAAUAUCUAGAAGCAAAAGUAAAUGACAGCAUGAGCCUUGAAUUCAAAAAGGAGGAGGAAGAGGAGGAUGAAGAGGAGUUCUGGGACUUGGAUGAAGAUGAGAGGAGUGAAAGGAAGAGAAAAGAGGAGGAUGAAGAGCUGCUGAAUGAAUCCGAUGAAGAGGAUAAAACGAGAGAUCAGGAGGAAGAUAACCAAGAAAAAGAUGAUGACGAAGAGGAGGGUGAAGCAGAAAAGACAGAUAAAGGACAGAAAAAAUUAAACGAUGAUGAAGAUCAAACAGAGGAAGAGGAUAGAGAAAUGAAUAAAAACCUGGUGGAAGAUGACGAGGAUGAGAAAGAAAAUAAAGAUCAAGAGAAGAAUGAAAAGGAUGAAGAAGAUGAAGAGGUAUAUGAUGAAGAAUGGAAGGAAAAUCAGGAGGAGAACCUUGGAGAACAAAAGAACGCAGAUGAGAAUGAAACCGAAGAGCAAGAAACCAGUCAAGAUCACGAAGAAGAUGUGGAGGCUGAAGAUGAAGACGAGGAAGAUCAAGGUGAAAAUGAAGACCAUGAUGUCCACCACGAGGAGGCAGAGGAAGAAGGAAAUGUCAGUGGAGAAAAAGAGGAUGAGGGUGAAGCAGAGGAAGAUGGAGACACCGAGGAGAAAGAGGAGAAAACAUCUGAUAAGCAGGAUGAAGAGGUUUGGAAAGGGGAGACUUCGUCUACAGAGAAAACCACCGAAGAAGAAAAAACAACAAAGAAGAAAAGACUCCGGCGUAAACCUGCUGCUCCUCUGCAUUUGCAGUUCCACAAACUCAACACUUCCUUCUCCUCCUGGAAGAGGUCGUGGAUGGUGGCGGUCGCCCACAAAGGAGGAGACGAAGGUGAGGAGCAGGAGGAGGAGGAAGGGGGGGACCUGGAACUCCGGGCCUGGAAGGAUUCCUGGAGGAUUUGUCGUUGGAAGAAGCCGAGUGAUGAGGAGGUGAUUUGUUUCUCCAUGGAGCACCGGAGUCGGAAAUCCAUGGAUCCGAAGGAGUUGGUGUUGGGGGAAGAGUGGGACCUGAGCUGGAGAAUGACCUCAGCAAAACGGGAGGAGGAGGAGGAGGAGGAGGAGGAGGAGGAGGACAGCGGAAAUUUUCUCUGACAUAAGGACACUUUGAAAACUGCUGAGGAAGCCGGAGCUACCGGUGUACCUCUGAGGUCAGAGGUCAGAUCAGCUGAUUGACCUCAGUGUACCUUUAAGUCUAAACUGAUUUUCUAUUGGUUGCUGAGUUUAGAGCAACUUUCUUCUUUUCACAGCAUCAACAUGAGAUUUUAUUAUUUUAUUUUCAAAAUUCACUUCAUCUUAAAAUUGUAUUUGAAUUUUUACUUUUUAACCCUCCCACUGUCCUAAUGGGUGUGACCCCGCCAGGAAAG